GCAGCUCUGGACUUUGCACCCUCGGGUGUGUGCUGCCGGUUUCCCCGCGGCCCGUUUCGUCCUGGCCUGCUGUCCAUGGAAGGAGCCAGGCCCCCCUCGCCGGGAGACGAGCUGGAGCUCUCGGAGGUGCAGAGGCAGCCGGACGAGCGGACGCCUCUCAAUGGAGCCGUCCAGAUCGUCCCCUUCCCGGCCGAGGAGCGAAGUCCAGCCCAGGCUAAGCAGAAAAGCCCUUGGAGCUCCUGCAAUAGGAAAUUGUUUGGAAAGUGUAAACUGUGGAUGGCUAUCCUCUCCAUUUUCAUAGGUCUCAUUAUAAUGAUCACCAUAAGCUUGUGUCUUAUGAAAGUAACUUACAUCGAUGAAGAUGAAAAUGAAAUACCUGAGUUAUCCUCAAACAAAACGUUCUUGGUCACAUUGAAGAUUCCAGAGGAGUGUGUUACUGAAGAGGAGUUGCCUCACCUGCUCCAGAAGAGGCUGGUAGAUGUGUACAGCUCAUCACCGUCCCUGAGCCGUUACUUUACUUCGGUGGAAACAAACUUCAGUUUGGCCUUCAGAGGAGAAAAUGCCACCAUAACCUACCAUCUGCAGUUUGGGGUUCCAUCGGAAGAUAACAAUUUUAUGAAAUACAUGAUGAGCGAGGAAUUGGUGCUGGGCAUUUUGCUACAGGAUUUCCAUGAUCAGAAGCUGUCUGGUUGUGAGACUCUGGAGCUUGAUCCAGAGUCCCUCUUGCUGGAUGAGUGAAGUGGUCGAGGUCAGCCUGUGUCUGAAAGCAGUGAUCCCCUGAAUCGUGGGAUGAGGAGAAUUCAUUCCAUUUUACAGGAAAAAAAUACUGUGAAUUAACACUGAAGGAUGCGAAAUGACCAGAGGGCUGGGCACAGUCCCUUUUCUCCUGCCUGCGCAGUUAUGACGUCCAGCAGAACAGCAGCCGAGAGCUGACCUGGCCCCACUUGUGAUAAAGGCAGGAAGCCAGAUGGGGCAGGGGUGAUGGGGUUGGGGGACGGACCUUGCAGGGUGAGAUCAGGGCGGGCCAUUAUGGAAGCACCGGCUGUUUCCACCCACGUGUGGGCACUUUCUUUUAAGUGUUAGAGUAGUCUUUCCGCCGGAUCCCGCCGACCCGUGCUGCUGGAGUGAGCCCAGGGAAAGGUGGCGGCAGGUCAGACGGCUCACUGAGAUCCCCCACCCACUCACCACCAUGUUUGAUCUACCUCUAAGCAAGCCUGCGAGGAAAAGAAGGGCACUUUGCAGGAUCAAAGCAGCAUCGUUCUCUGUCUGCUCUCCUAACCUGCGGCUACAUUUCUUAGGUAACCAGCUGUAGGCAGGCACAGCGUCCAAUGUGACUGUCUUAGCUAUAGCUGCAGACAUAAGAUGUGUGGUUUUAAAUUAUUUUUGCAUCUCCUCAUUGUUCCUGUGGCUCCUGAACACCUCUUUUAGCAACAUGCUCCCCCGAGAGUUCUGAACACACCGCUGUCGUUUUAGAUGGUUCUUCUGUGUGCAUUCUCACAGCCCUGCAUCAGGGAAUCGUUAAGACUCCCUCCUGUCUGCUGCAGCGGCUGCACAUUGGCUUCGCAUCGCCGGGUGUCAGUGGCCCUCCUGGACGACCCAGUGUCCUCACGCACUCACUGCCCGUGGGUCUCACCGAAGAUGGUGAUGAAACAGGAAGGAGCACUCUCUGCAACAAACUGUUGGAAGCGGAAGGCCUGUUCGUUGGCAGGGUGGGGGCGAUAUUAGUGCCUGGAUCGGUCAUUUGCAGACAUGGCACCGCCUGUCAUGAAGGAACAGGAUAUUUGUUUUGUUGGGGAAAUUGUUCGCUGGAGAUUUUCCAGGAGAAAGAGUUUUGUCAUCCGGUGAUGAGAGCUCCUUCACCCUGACGUCUCAGUCAGAUUGGCCUUAGGUGGGAGUGAGAGUGAGGGGCAGCUGUGUGGGGGGCUGUGUCUGAGUGUCGUCUCUGGUGGAUUGGCCUUGAGCUCCCUGUGACCCAGGACUCUGCAUAAUGUGAACUUUCUUAUUUAACUGGAAGAUACAUUUAUUUUAACACAGGGUCUCAUUUUGAGGAUAGUUCCUCAAACUAGCGAAACAGGUGAAUUAUCCUUCUUCCUCUUUAUUUUUUUACAUGUCAAGUGGAAACUUUAGUAUAUUUGUACUUUUUAGAAAAUAAUGGAAAACCUUAAUGGAAAAGGAUUUUAAAAUAUUCGCAAUAAAUUAUUUUUGCCUCCA